AUGCCCAGGAUGUCGAACGAGCAGCAGAUCAACGUGCCGUCGCUGAUCGUGAUCCUGGUCCUGUCCGGGCUGAUCGUGCGGUACCUCUUCUUCUCGGCGCCGACGCCGCAGCAGCCCCGCGACUCGGCGGCGGCGCUGCGGCAGAGGGAGGCCGCGUGCGAGAGGAUACAGCAGAUGUUCCCGCAGGUGGACCGGCGGACGGUGCUGUGGAACCUGUCGAGGGACGGCAACAAUGUCGCGGCCACGACGGAGCGGAUCCUGGCCGGGAGGAUGGAGACGCCCCCGAUAACAUUCCAACCUCCACCGCCUCCCGGCUCGAACGCCGCGUCCUCGUCUACAUCACAAGGUCAGACACAAGCGAAGCCAGCAGAGAAGCCGGCCCAGCCGGACUUGAUCACGAGGUACAAUCUACAGGACAAGGUUGCCGCCGCCUCUGCGAGUGAGGCCGCCGAUCAGAGUGGGAAGAAAGGCUGGAGCACGAGCCGAGACGAGCGGCAGUCGUUACUACAGAAGAGGAGGGACGAGAUGAUCCUAGCAGCACGGAAGAAGAUGGAGGCCAAGAUCGCUGCUGAGAAGGCGGGGUCUGGUUCGGGGAAUUGA